AUGCCUUCCACACAGGAUUGGAUAAGCGACCCUAUGGGUGUUGUUGAAGGGAUGUUCGCUGCCUCCCAGAACAGUCCGAGCUCAGCAUGGGAGGCACAGGCUGUGGAAUUUUUCAAAGACCACCUGAAAGAGGAGAACGCUCAGAUGAUGGUUCCGUCUCUGAACGACGUCCCCCUGCACUACCUGAAGCCCGACAGCCUGGUGAAGUUCCGCUGCCUGAUCCAGGACAUGUUCGAUCCAGAGUUCUACAUGGGAGUGUAUGAGACUGCUAGUCCUUCCACACAGGCUAAAAUUCUGCGUUGUGGGAAGUACAAAGACGUGACAGAGUCUGGGGUGGAUUUUAACUCCAGGAACACGGUGACGGCAGAGAGGCAGACGUUCUACUGCGUGCCGAUCCCCGGCGAGAAUCAGUGGGUGAAGGAGAUAUCCUUGUGGGAUUUGUUGGUGGAAGCCUCCCGCGCUGCGUCGCGCUCCUUAAUCCAUCUGCACAGGUACGCCGGCGGCAGCCAGGCCAGGGUCGUCCCCUCCACCUCGUACGUGCCCAGCCGGCAGAAGAGGAGCUACGAGGAAGAUGACGACAUGGACACUCAGCCGCAGAAGCAGCGGGACCCGCAUGCCGGUCCUCAGAGCCCUCUGGAGCAGCACGGCAACGGCGACUGCAAGCGGCAGGAGACGGAGGCUCCCUCGAGCCAGGCCGCGUCGGCAUCCCACCUGGACCUGAAUUUCCCCCUCCCGGGAGAAAAGGGCCCCUCCUGCCUGCUCAAGGCGUGUCCCGCCUCACUGUUCCCUGCCAUUUUUACAACUGUCGUCUGCAGACCUUUCAGGUCUAAAAGUGUGUACGAGGAGUGGGACAGCUUCAAACUGAACGACACGCUGGAGGUCUACGGCAUCCUGUCGGUCAGCCCGGCUCUGAGCGCGCUGGCCGAUGAGAAUCCGAGCUCAGCAUGGGAGGCACAGGCUGUGGAAUUUUUCAAAGACCACCUGAAAGAGGAGAACGCUCAGAUGAUGGUUCCGUCUCUGAACGACGUCCCCCUGCACUACCUGAAGCCCGACAGCCUGGUGAAGUUCCGCUGCCUGAUCCAGGACAUGUUCGAUCCAGAGUUCUACAUGGGAGUGUAUGAGACUGCUAGUCCUUCCACACAGGCUAAAAUUCUGCGUUGUGGGAAGUACAAAGACGUGACAGAGUCUGGGGUGGAUUUUAACUCCAGGAACACGGUGACGGCAGAGAGGCAGACGUUCUACUGCGUGCCGAUCCCCGGCGAGAAUCAGUGGGUGAAGGAGAUAUCCUUCCUCCCGCGGUUAAGUCUGCCGCCAGCUGCGUCGCGCUCCUUAAUCCAGCUGCACAGGUACGCCGGCGGCAGCCAGGCCAGGGUCGUCCCCUCCACCUCGUACGUGCCCAGCCGGCAGAAGAGGAGCUACGAGGAAGAUGACGACAUGGACACUCAGCCGCAGAAGCAGCGGGACCCGCAUGCCGAGCCCUCUGGAGCAGCACGGCAACGGCGACUGCAAGCGGCAGGAGACGGAGGCUCCCUCGAGCCAGGCCGCGUCGGCAUCCCACCUGGACCUGAAUUUCCCCCUCCCGGGAGAAAAGGGGCCCUCCUGCCUGCUCAAGGCGUGUACGAGGAGUGGGACAGCUUCAAACUGAACGACACGCUGGAGGUCUACGGCAUCCUGUCGGUCAGCCCGGCUCUGAGCGCGCUGGCCGAUGAGAAGGACGCCUCCUCCUCGUCCCUCCUGGACCCCUCUGAGAGCAUGGAGACGGCAGAGGAGCAGAGAGUGCACAGCCCCCCGGCCUCGCUGGUCCCUCGCCUCCACAUGCUCCACUUCAAGCGGCUGGCGCACAACAACCCCCUGCUGCCCCACACCAGCCUACAGAACAGUGCCUUUUUGUCAUCCACCCUGAGCGAAAUGGCCUCCGUCAGGGCGGAGCUGCUCUCGUACCUCACUCAUGUCCUCCUGGGCGACGCUUUGGCCGCCGAGUACCUCAUUCUGCACCUCAUUUCCAACGUCUACACCAGGCGGGACGUUCUCCCGCUGGGGAAGUUCACCCUGAACCUGAGCGGCUGCCCCGUCACCGCCUCCUACCCCGAGCGCCUCUACCAGAUCCUCCAGCAGCUGGUGCCUUCGUCGCACUACCUGGGCAUGAGCCUGCACAACAUGAACCAGACGCGGCUGGUGCCCAAGAAGGACUACGCGGCCAACCGGCUGGUCAGCGGCGCCCUGCAGCUGGCUGGGAACACCUCUCUGUUCCUGGACGAGACCAAGCUGGAGCAGGGCCAGCUGGACGCCCACGGUGUGCGUAACGUGACGGCCCUGGGGAACCUGAUCUCGUGGCAGAAGGUUGAUUAUGACUUCAACUACCACCAGAUGGAAUUCCCCUGCAAUAUUAACGUGCUGGUGGCGUCGGAGGGCCGCUCGCUGCUGCCGUCCGACUGCCAGGUGCACCUACAGCCCCCGGUGGCUCCGUCACACAUGGAGGAGUACCUGGGCGGUAUCCACAUGCAUCCGCAGGGCUCAUCGCAGCUCAACAAGUUCCGCAUCUACCUGAGUGUGGCCCGGCUGCUCGACUACAGCAUCUCGGACGAGGUGACAAAGUCGGUGGAAGAGGACUUUGUAGACAUGAGGAAGGACGACCCCCAGAGCAUCUCCGCCGAGGACCUGCACAGGAUGCUGGUUGCUGUCUCUGAGCCUGGGGGAGAGCUCUCUGACCAGAGAGGGCUGGCUCAAAGCCAAACACCUGGAGAUGCUGCGGAGGAGCCGCAUGGAGCAGCACAAGAGCGUCAACGGCAACGAGCCCUGAGCACAGAAGCCCCGGCCUCC